AAGAUCCAGUUCUAAAGAGACUGGUUUCUUCAGUUCGAACGAUCGAUGGUGAUGAUAUAUGAUGUUGUUCGUUACAAACUGCACCGGAUGAAGAAAGAGAUGAAAGAUGAACUAGAAGAUAAGGAUAAUGUGCAAGAGUAUGGCUGUCAUAACUGCAAAAGGAAAUAUAGUGCACUGGAUGUUCUGAGAUUACUUUCUAUGCAAGACGAUUCUUUUCAUUGUGAAAAUUGUAAUCAUGAACUUGUUAUGGAAUGUAACAAGCGAACUUCCCAAGAAGUACAAGUACUAGUAGUCGUAGAUGGAAGUGACAAUGCAAGGAGAUGGCGGGAUCAACUAAAAGAUUUGCUUCAGAAUAUGGAGGUUCGACUGAAACCUCUGAUAGAUCAUAUAAACAGAAUAAAAGACCUACCGGUUCCUAGCUUUGAAUCUUUUCCGGUAUGGGAGGCUCGUGCAGCUAAGUCUGCUCGUGAAAAUGGUGAUCUUAACCCUGAUGAUACUUUGAGGUCACAAGGUGGGUAUGGUUCAACACCGAGGCCAUUUCUCGGAGAGACAGAGAUUGAGGUUAACCUUGGUGAAGGAAAAGAAGAAGUCAAAUCUGAUGAAGGAGAAGCUUCAGAACUUUCAGAUGACAAGAAAUCAACCAUGGGAAAUGGUGAUGAUGAUAAGGAUUUGAAGGCCAAUCAACAACCACGCACUGACAUUGAAUUGGCUACUACAUCCUCAGAUCGUCAGGUUGGUAUGAAGUGUAAACGUGAAGAGGAAGAUGAAGAAGAUGUUGCAUGGGAAGAAACGUUUAAUGUUUCAGCAAAUGGAAACUACAAGGUGGACAUGAAUGUGGAAGCCGAAAAAGCAGAAGAAAGAGGUUUCUAAUGGACUUAGGCUUGACGAAAGUGUUCUAAUUGUUUUCCAAGAAAUUUAUGGUUUUUAG